UUUAGCAGACCACGAAGAUCUUCCAGAAAAACGAAGAAAAUGUUGGAUUUAUUUACGAUUUUCAGUAAAGGAGGGAUUGUUUUAUGGUGUUUUCAGGGCACCAGUCAGUUGUUCACACCCUCCGUGAACGCCCUGAUCAAAAGUGUCAUCCUCCAAGAGAGAGGUGGUAACAAUGCCUUCACCCAUGAAGCGCUGACACUCAAGUAUAAACUCGACAAUGAGUUUGAGCUGGUUUUUGUGGUGGCUUACCAGAAGAUAUUACAGUUAUCGUACGUUGAUAAAUUCUUGAACGACAUACAAAUGGAGUUUAGAAACAAGUACAAGGAUGACCUAUCGCAAGGAAAGAUUUCUCGGAAUUUUGACGAUUUUACGGAUCUAUUCGUGAAGAUGUUGAAAGAGGCGGAGAGUAUGGACAGGAAGGUGGCCAAAAAGCCGAGGCAGAUGCGUACAUUUGAAGAUUCCCAGAAGUCUCAGAAGACGGUUGCAUCGAUGAUCGAGAACAAGAAGGAUGAUGGGAAGGGCAAAGGCAAGGAGAAUAAAAAGAACAGACCAGCAGAUAAUGUGACUGAGAUUAAAAAUCUCCAAAAUGUUUCUCCGCCCAGUAAACCUAAAGAAGAGCAACCCCUGAAAGCCGUCAAUGGGGACCUGGAAGAUGAUAUCGCCAAGAGGCGUGAGGAGUUCUUCAAGAAGAAGAUGAAGAAGACAGGCGAUAAGAGCAAGGCGAAGAAAGUAGAUGACGCUCCGGUGGAGGUGCCCAAGAAAAAAGGGAAAGAAUUACGCAAAUGGGACAAAGCUGGGACGGCCAAGGAGGGGAAGGCGUUGGACUUCAGUCAGCCGGGGGAGGAGAAUGGGGCUGCGGAAAAUGGAGAGUAUAUCGUCCCCGAUGAGGAAGCGCUGUCGUUGAUCGGUCAGAUGAAGGGGGGUUUGAAAGAUCUCGAUACAGAGAGCUCCUCAGAGGAGGAGGAAGAGGAGGAGGAGGAGGAGGUGACCUCCAAAAAAGGUGCUAGUCAGAAGAAAGGUGGAUGGUUCACCGCAUUGAAAAGCAUGGUUGGUUCAAAGAGCCUCACACAGGAGGACGUCGCGCCAGGCCUUGCAAAGAUGAAAGACCAUCUCAUCUCUAAAAACGUUGCAGCUGAUAUUGCUGAUAAAUUGUGCCAAUCUGUCUCCACGAAGCUGGAGGGGAAAGUUCUGGGAACUUUUAGUGGUAUUAACUCGACUGUCAAACAGACCGUGCAGGAAUCCUGCGUCCAGAUUCUCUCGCCGAAACGUCGUAUUGAUAUCCUGCGUGACGCGAUGGAAGCCAAGCAACAGAAGCGGCCAUUUUCUAUUGUGUUCUGCGGGGUCAACGGUGUGGGGAAGUCGACCAACCUUGCUAAGAUUGCAUUCUGGUUGGUUGAGAAUAACUUCCGUGUUCUGAUUGCCGCAUGUGAUACGUUCCGUGCCGGUGCGGUAGAGCAGCUGCGUACUCACACGCGUAAACUGAAUGCUCUGCACCCUGCACAGGCCCACAAUGGCAUGAACAUGGUCCAGCUCUAUGAGAAAGGUUAUGGCAAGGACGCUGCUGGCAUAGCUAUGGAGGCCGUUAACUUUGCUCGUGAUUGUAAAUUGGAUGUGGUAUUGGUGGAUACUGCUGGUCGUAUGCAGGACAACGAACCAUUGAUGAGAGCUCUAGCUAAGCUGAUCAAGGUGAACCAGCCGGAUCUUGUGUUGUUUGUUGGCGAGGCUCUGGUUGGGAACGAGGCUGUGGAUCAGCUGAUGAAGUUUAACCAGGCGCUGGCCGAUCACUCCAACAUGACCAACCCAAGGUUGAUAGACGGUAUUGUCCUCACUAAGUUUGAUACUAUUGACGAUAAGGUGGGUGCUGCCAUCUCAAUGACCUACACCACCGGACAACCGAUCGUCUUCGUGGGAACUGGUCAGACUUACACGGACCUGAAGAACCUCAACACCAAGGCUGUAGUGCAUGCCUUGCUCAAGUAAACAGGGGGGCUUCAAGUUUUACUCUUCCUUGAAAAAUGAUUUUAGAUUGCUUGUCAAAAGGUACCACAAAAAGACCCCUUGAUAUUUUUGUUUGUCAACGUGCAUACCUUGUCCUCAAAAUCAAGUACGGGGCUGGGAAAGUUUUGAAGGAAAGUAGAUUAAAGUGGAAGAUUUGCUGAAAAUGUUGUUACCAUUAUAAAGACCCGCAAUGUUAUGUGGUGUGAUUACUUACUUUCAAAGUGUUGUCAGCCUGUUCAAACCUUCAGACCUCCUGUUCUUCUUACCGCUUGGUUUGCCACUCCAGGAGAGGGAUAUUGUUGUGUUCCAAAUAAUUAGAUUUAUGAUUAGAGCAAAGACAUACAUGUAUAAAAUCUAUCUGUUAUUGUAAUUUUGAAUGUUUUUAUAAUCACUAGGGGCAAUAAAACUGUAUAUCAGGACUUUUGAUGGUGAAUCACGUGAUAUACCUAUGAAACUAUAUGGGUCAUGCUGUAAAUAAAUGUUUGGUCGGUAGUGACUCCCAUGUUCUCCCUAGACAAGUUUCAAGUGUGACUUAAAUGAUGGCCAGCAGUCUACCAUACCAAACUGUUUAUGUAUAGUCCACUUGCUGGUUAUGUAUAAACAGUCCACUUGCUGGUUAUGUAUAAACAGUCCACCAGAUGUUUAUGUAUAAACAGUCCACUUGCUGUUUAUGUAUAAACAGUCCACUUGCUGUUUAUUUAUAAACAGUCCACCAGAUGUUUAUGUAUAAACAGUCCACUUGCUGUUUAUGUAUAAAUAGUCCACUUGCUGUUUAUGCAUAAACAGUCCACCAAUCAUUUUGCACAUUUAUGAACAGUCUAUUAUACCAACUGUUCAUGUACACUUUAAGAUGUAUAUCUGUGCGCCCCCAAUACAUGACCUAUGUUUCAAUACAUUGAUGAUGGCCAGCAGUAAUUGGGGCUACCUCUAUAACUCUUCUCUUGAAUUCAUAUCUGGUGACUGGUUGGAUGUUAGGUUACACGUAUCUUUGAUUUAGGUGUAGGCAGUGCCUUUUUUAGCUCACCUCUUAGCAGAGGUGAGCUUAUCCCAUACCGUGGCGUCCGUCGUCCGUCGUCGUCGUCGUCGUCGUCGUCCGUCGUCGUCCGUCGUCCGUUAGCAGGGCACGUUUCGUAACUGUUAGAGCUAUUGAGUUGAAACUUGGUACACAUGUACCCUUAUGUAAUGACACCUUGGAGACUAAGUUUCGGUCCGAUUCGUUUCAUGGUUUGGCCACCAGGGGGCCAAACGUUAAAAGUGAAAAUAUGCAAUAUCUCCCUUAAUAGUAGUCGGGAAAUUUUGAAAAAAAUAUGGUAGGUACUUCUAGCAAAGGUGCAUCAUAUAUCCUCCGGGUUUUUGAUUUGACCUCCUUUUCAAGGUCACAGAGGUCAAAUGGUGUAAAUUGGCCGUUAGGAUGUAACGAUGGCACGUUUCUAAACUACAAUGACUAUUGAUACCAAAUUUGGUACACAUUUACCCCUUAGUCAGGUGAUCUCAGGGACCGAAGUUUGGUCCAAUAUGAUUCAUUACUUGACCACCAGGGGGCAAAAUCCAAAAACCUUAAAAAUGCGAUUAUUCCUUAACUUCUUGCCCGAUUGCCACCAAUUUGAUAUCAUGGGUACAUCUAACCACCAUACAGUAUAUGUCACACAGGUUUGUAAUUUGACCUUCUUGUCAAGGUCACAGAGGUCAAAUGGCGUAAAUUCGCCGUCAGGCCGUAACUAUGGCACGUUUCUUAACAGCAAUGACUAUUGAUCACAAAUUAAGUACACAUGUACCCCUUGGUCAGGUGAUCUUAGGUACCGAAGUUUGGUGCAAUCUGAUUUGCCGUUUGGCCUCCAGGGAGGGGGCCAAAUCCUAAAUUCUUCAAAAUGCCAUUAUUCCUAGCAAUGACUUGCCCGAUUGGCACCAAUUUUAUAUCAUAGGUACAUCUAAUUCUAACAACCAUUCAAUGUGUCACCCGGGUCUUCUUUGAUUUGACCUACUUUUCAAGGUCACAGAGGUCGAAUGUACUGUAAAUUGGCCAUUUGGGGAAAUUGUAAUUGCUUGGACCUACAUCAAACCUAACACUACAUGACACAAUACCAUGCUCUUUAUCCAUCUUUCCUCCACAUGAGGUGAGCACAAUGGCCCUGGCCAUUUCAUUAUUUCAUUACAUUGGGAUUUUCUAUUCCAUUGGCAUGAUAUUUGUUGAAUUCGGGGAUGCGAGGAUAUCAUAGAUUGUUUCACUCUUAGGUUUUGAUAGCUUGAAAUCAAAUUGUGUGUCAUAUUGAAUGUAUUUUAAAUCAUAAGAUUUGAAGUGGGUGAAGGUCAAAUCAGUUGUUUUAAGUUUCUCGAAUUUCACAUAGAUAAUGUGAAGGCUUAUUUCAUUGAUUCCAAGAUACAGUUCACCAGGUGAUGUAACUGUCUGUUUAUAAGGUGACAUGAUGAAAGGAUACUCGAUAAUGCUUGUGUGUAUUACACCGGUCAAUAAAUGUCUCAAUCCCAUCCGAAUGGUCAAGGCGAGUACCUGCACUUUCCAACAUUUGAGAAUAAAUGGCAGUAUUUGAGUGGGCAUUGAAUCAAACAAAGUAAAAUUGAAGAAGGUAGUAUCUCCUCAUCCGAUAUUCUAUAACAGUCUGGAGUGACUGCCUUUUUCCCUUGUGUCCUGGGACCAGAGGAGAUCCCUAUCUCCAUGGCUGUAUCGCCAGAAAUAACAUGGACUUGAAUAUGAAGUGGAGCAGAUUCAAUAGUGUUACAAAUGACCAAUAGGUGGAGUGCACCAGAUUUUUCUGCCGUUUACCAUUGCAGGGCUGAGGGUUUCUUUUGAAGGGUGACAUCUUCAUUGAGGGCGACUAAUUACCCGUUGCCAAGACAUUGAUUGUCUGGUGUGUACUCUCUGUACAUUCAAAUGAUGAAAUAAAUCUUAUUUAUUGGUACAA